AUGGCCGAUGUCCACGCUUCUACGUUCCAUUUCAACAAUCCAACACCCUCCUGCAAGCGGAAACGACCAUCAAAUAAUCUAGAGGACGAUGGUGGCUUCAUGGUUCGCAACCCCAAAAGACGGCCCACCCCGACACAAUGUCUACCCUUCCGCUUGUCGCCUUCGCGGCCACAUGUUUCAGUUCCUGGCGGCUCUUACCCUCUCUUCACUUCCAUCUACCAGCAACCUCCGACUCCGGUAGACACCUCGGAUGAAGAUGAAACUUCCAGCCAAUCUUUCAACGGAGCAGAAGACCAGUGGCCGGUCACCAAGAAUGACCCGAAUAAGGCAAUCCAAAAUAGCACGUUGUCGGCCAAGGCUCAAUUCAGCGAUCCGAUUGAUGUCGAGAUGGAUCUGCAAAUGGCUCCUCCGGCCUCCCAGCCGAGGAUACGACGCGCUCGAUCGAACGAUAUCGUGGCUCCUGAGCGCGGAUCCGAUUUCCUUAGUGCCAUGGAUACAUUUGCUCGAGAAAGAGUGCCAACGCCCAUCAGCGGUCAUUUCGACAAUCGCGUCAGUGAUCUCCCUAACGUUCCACGCCAUCAUUUCCCACCGCUACGCACCAAUCUCAGCCCGAUGAUUGAACAGGAGUCGUGGAUCACUCGAGACGGCCUCCCCAGUCCUGUCGAAGACCACGAUAUGGACGCCGCAAUGGUGAUGGAGGACGAACCCCCCACUGAGGACGAACGAGGUCGGCAAGGCUUCAUAUGGGUUAUCUCAAUGAUUGCGAAAAGUGCAUUCAGAAAGUACCUGGUCAUUACAGUCACAUUAUAUGGACUUGAAACCAAGGAGCAGUUUGCGUAA